UUGCUCUGCUUGCCCGUGAGAGGCGAUAGAGUGGACCAACCAUCAGGAGAGGGUGUGCCAGAGCCGGGGCUCCGGUAUAAAUACACCGUGACCCGCUCCUCAGCCCGUCUUCGCACCUAUUUCGUCUGGAAACCCAAACACGUCAUGGCAGCGCCAAAGAAAAUCUGUGUGAUCGGCUCUGGUAACUGGGGCUCUGCCAUUGCCAAGAUUGUGGGUGCCAACGCAGCCAAGUAUGACAAGUUUGACACCACCGUAAACAUGUGGGUGUUUGAAGAGACGGUGAACGGCCGUAAACUCACAGAGAUCAUCAACACAGAUCAUGAAAACGUGAAAUAUCUACCCGGUCACAAGCUGCCCCCCAACGUGUUGGCUGUUCCUGACUUGGCCGAGUCCGUGAAAGGAGCCGACAUCCUGAUCUUUGUGGUCCCUCACCAGUUCAUUGUGAGAGUGUGCGACACCAUCAAAGACCACAUAAAGAAGGAUGCUGUUGGAAUGUCUCUCAUCAAGGGUGUGGAUGCUGGACCAGAGGGUCUGAAACUAAUCUCAGAAGUCAUUCGAGGGAAAUUGGGUAUCACUGUGACCGUCCUUAUGGGCGCCAACAUCGCCAAUGAGGUCGCUGACGAGAAGUUCUGUGAAACAACCAUUGGGUGCAAAGACAAAACAUACGGCCCGCUGCUGAAGGAGCUGAUGCAGACCACCAACUUCCGUGUGACUGUGGUGGAGGAGUCAGAUGUGGUGGAGAUCUGCGGAGCGCUCAAGAACAUUGUGGCGGUGGGGGCAGGUUUCUGUGACGGCCUGGGAUUCGGCGACAACACCAAGGCGGCGGUGAUCCGCCUCGGCCUCAUGGAGAUGAUCGCCUUUGCCAAAUUCUUCUGCACAAACUGUCUCGUCUCUCCCGCCACCUUUCUGGAAAGCUGCGGCAUCGCCGACCUCAUCACGACCUGCUACGGAGGCCGCAACCGCAAGAUUGGGGAGGCUUUCGCCAAAACGGGCAAAAGCAUCGAGCAGCUAGAGAACGAGCUCCUGAAUGGGCAGAAGCUCCAAGGUCCAGCAACAGCAUCUGAAGUCCACCAAGUCUUAAAACAGAAAAGCAUGGUGGAAAAGUUCCCUCUGUUCACCGCCGUUUAUGAGAUCUGUUUCAACGGCCAUCCAGUCACAGAGUUCAUCAGCUGUUUGCAAAACCAUCCAGAGCACUUGUAAAAGACCGACACGGAGACUGGUUAAUGGUUGGAAGUUGGGACUUUUAAACCAGAGCUACUGAGUAACCACUGUGGGGGGGUGGAGGGGAGGUUUAGGUGAAGUUGGCCCUGAAAGUGACUUCUCUCUCUUUUUUUUAAGUCCAAUUUGAUACACACUUAAGAAAUAGAGAACGGAGUGGGCUUGCCCUUCCUCCUGCCUCUGUGUUUUUCACUGUUUCAUAAAUCUUCCAAGUCUUAAACAUUUUAAGAAUUUGAACUAUCCUGCCUUUGCAUAGGCUGAUACUCUAACAAUGACUGUGGGGUUAUGAAAUGUCUCUUGAAUAAACAUGCCUUUUCGCUCAUGCGUAUGCCAUCUGAAGAAAAACGGCACGGAACAAAAACAACAAAACACUCUCCCUCUAUGUUUUUCACCACGACGCCAUAAAACGUUACCAUUUUCUUUGCAUUAUGUAUUUGAGAGUAAAUCAUUGAAGUCUUAUCACGCUGUGUGUGUGUGUGUGUGUGUCAGUGUUUAUAUGUCGCUGGUGUCUGCCCCUGGGAAACAUUCAGACACACAGGGAAUGCAGCCUUACUGUAACCCGACCUGAGCUCAGCCUGCCUGCCACUCUAAACUCUUCACCUUUACCAUUUUCUGGAGCGUAGAGGGAUCACCCCGUCAUUGCACAUCCUGCCUGAGCCGCAGUCCUCACAGGUGAUGUUCUGCAGCCUUUAGUCGUGGCUAAAUAUAUGUGUUAUUUCUCUGUAAGUUACAUCUAUUCCAUGCGAAUUUUAUCAAAAGCUAAUAUUCUCAUGAGCCAGUGUGUUCCGCUAUCACUUCUCAGUGUGUGCACAUCACCAUUUCCUGGUACAGAAACUAUGCAAAUCCUGUACUUUAUAAAUGCAGUGCAUAUUUUGUACUGGUGUUAAUAAAUUGUGCAGUUCAUUUAAUUCAACUAUAAUAUUUUAAAAUUGUUUCUCAUUCAUUGCACUGAAUGAGAUGGUUCGAAAUUUCCCACUUUUUAAAAUCGGAUUCACGCCCUAAGAUCUUUGCAUAGUUAUUGAGUCAACUGUCCUGUGGGAUAUCUAAUAAUAACAUGCACCACAGGGGCAAAUGUCUAUCUAUAAUUAGAUGGCAAACAGCGCUGCAGCUGCCUCAUCCUUGCUUUACAAGACAAAUGAGGGAAUGCCUUUUUUUUCUUUUCUUUUUUU